UAUAUGUGUGUGUGUGUGUGUGUAUGUAUGUAUGUAUGUAUGUAUGUAUGUAUGUUUUUAGAUACAGACGAUUCAUGUUGGUUUUAUUCGAUUUGAAUGCGUUUUCCUAUUCUCUGACAUCAUAAACAAUAAAUAAACAGCCCACACGGUUAUGUCACUUUUAGACUUUAGUCUCACCUUUUACAAUCUUGAGGUGAAUAAAACCACAUUUCCGUUGGAGUUGCACCAUUCGGGGUCUCCUAGCUACGAUAUGUGAGCACGUUGUUCGGUGCGCAUUGGCUCAUCAGAACGUUCUCCUCUUUCUCAUUGGCUAAAGUAAAGCGGAGGGCGGUACCUGGACGCAGGAUUAACGCAGUAAGCAUGGCAUGUAGUUCUCGAGCCGAUAAGAUGAAUUUGGUUAUCCAAAAAAUAAGGUCUUUUCCCGAUUUUCCCAGCAAAGGUAUAUUAUUUAGGGACGUUUGCCCUAUUUUGAAAGACCCCAAAGCCCUGACCGCGGUUAUAGACCUUUUUGAAGAACAUGUCAGGCAAACAUACACACAGGUUGAUCUCAUAGUGGGUAUUGAUGCCAGGGGGUUUCUGUUUGGGCCUCUCUUGGCCCAGAGGCUGGGAAUAGGCCUCGCACUGAUCAGAAAGAAGGGCAAGCUUCCUGGCCCCACGGUGUCUGUGGCCUACUCUCUAGAGUACGGGAAGGCUGAGGCAGAGAUGCAGGUGGACGCUGUGGAACCAGGACAGAAAGUCCUCCUCAUCGAUGACCUGCUGGCCACGGGGGGGACUCUGUAUGCGGCAUGCGAGCUGCUGAGGAAGCGCCAGGCCGAGGUGCUGGGCUGCCUGGUGCUCGUCCAGCUGACGGACCUCGAUGGAGCGCAGCGCCUCAAGCCAGUCUCUGUGUUCUCUUUGACAGAGUACUGAGGGGACGUGGACAGUUUCACCGGUCUAGCCCACUGUGGAAGACACAAAGCAUUCCAUGUGUCAAACACAAGUAUUACAUGCAUUGUGCAUUGCAUUGUGGAGCGCUGUUUUUCUAAAUUGUGUUGUUUUUUUUGUUUAAUCUCAGGAAAACAUUUCAUAGGAAAUUUGUUGAGUAACUGUUGUUUAAGUACAUGAUAUUUAAAGGGGACAUAUGUUCAGGCUUUGCACACUUGAUUUUUGCAUUCCAAGCAUGAAAUCACUAUGGCUAUAUUGUCUUAAUACAAAGCACGAGUUGCAUAGUCUUACAUGUCUUAAGCACCUCCCAUAAAAACUGCUAUCCUACUCUCAGUAAUUACAACAUGAAGAGUAAGUAAAAUAUUACUGCAAUUAUGGAAUUAUGCUUAUCUAGUUAAGCAUGCAGCAUUGUGGGUAAGUGGCAUUACCUGUUUACAGAAGUUUUACUGAAGUGUAUGGAUGAUGGUGCCAGUAAAAUCUGAAAUUUAAUGUGCAGCUCUCUUCAACUAAGUAUGUUUCAGCCUAUGUUGCCUCCUUGUAUAUCAACAGCUGAGAGCCAUUUCAAAUGUGAUGGGUAGGACUUACUUUUAGCAUAGUUUGUUCUUUUUAAAUUGUUUAUAUUUGUGCCUAGCACAACCUCUGUUGUUGAAACUGCACCUUCUUGCUAAGCUUCAAGGGUGAUGGAGAUAUCUAAUGCAUUCCCAUCAUUGAAAAGGUGAUUUACUGAGGCCAUCAGUUUAAUGUGUGUAGAAGUUAAAGUGGUUGGCAUAAACUACUGCCAAUGCAAGUAGUUCCAAAAAUGAAACCCAGCAUUUAGGCCAGCUGUUCAAAACAAAUAUAUUCUUUUUUUUUUUUUUAUUAAAAUUUAUUGGUGUUUCUCAGUGAUAAAGCAAACUGAGAUUAUGCUGUUUUAUGAGGCUUGACAAGUAAAGAAAAUUAUCCACUUAAA